AUGACAAUGGCGUGGAUGUAGAUGUCAAUGGAGUGGACAUAGGUGUCAGUGGGGUAGGGGAAGAUUUUAAUGGGGCAGAUUUGGUCACUGAAGCGGACGAAGCCACCAUAGUAGACGGAAAUUUCAAUAGGAUAGGCGAUGAUGGCAAUGGGUUGGACGAAGAAGUUACCUGAAUGAACGAAGUCACCAAAAUGGAUGAAGGUAGCAACGAAGCAUACUUAGACUUCAGCAGACUAGGCAAAGAGUACAGUAAGGUAGGCUUGGUCACAGAAAUAGACGAAGUCAUCAAAAUGGACGAAGAUGUCAAUGGAGUAAGUGAAGAUGUCAUUGGGUUAGACUUAGUCACCGAAAUAGAUGAAACUAUCAAAGUGGACGAAGGUGGUAAUGGAGUAAGCGAAGACUUCAGUGAGAUGGACGAAGAUUUCAACGAGGUAGAUGAUGAUACCAAUGGGGUAGACUUUUUUAAUGUGGUGGACGAAGAGGUUAUUGGAGUGGACAAGCUCAAUGGUCUGGUGGAGGAAGGUUGA